GGCGAAGCUCCCCUAAAAGCUCAUGUGGCAAAUGUUGGGAGGGGAAUUUGAAAAGUCCUGUUUCCGAGUUGCAUUAGCUCACUCGUUUCGCUUGCAUCCUAUUUCUGUCGUCCAUUGAAAGGAAAUCGCUGGGCCAUCCCCCCGACGCGCGCCUGUGCUGUGGAGCUCCCCCUUGCUGCGUGCAUCGUGAUCUAGUGGAUGCAGAGUCUUGCAGAGAACGCAGGGUCACCUUCUGUCACUGCAAGGGGAAAUACUGAAUAAACUGCAGCAUUGGCUGUUGGGUAGUAGUGCACUUCAGCAGCAGGCAGCAUCUCUGGUGAUCUCCUGCAGGGGACCAACAGCUCUCCCUAAGGUUUAUGGAAACCUGACCUCCCAUUGGUGGAGAAGGUCAGUUGUACCUGGUUCUUUUGCUGUCCGUUCUCCACAAUCUCCUUGCCUGGUUCUCAUUUAGUCUGAAGAUUCACAGUGCAUGAGGAACCCAGCUCUGCUGCAGAGGACAGGUUUAGUCAUUAGAGUGCUUUGCCACAUCCAGGAAAAUGUCUGGCUCCUACGAUGAAAGUGCAGGUGCUGACGACACCAUGGACAGCUUCUGGGAGGUGGGGAACUACAAACGUGCUGUCAAGAGAUUUGAUGACGGCCAUCGGCUCUGCAAUGACCUUAUGGGCUGCUUGCAGGAACGUGCCAAGAUAGAAAAAGCCUAUGGUGAUCAGCUAACUGCAUGGUCCAAGAGAUGGAGGCAGCUCAUUGAGAAAGGCCCACAGUACGGCUCUGUGGAGAGAGCCUGGUUGGCUGUGAUGACUGAGGCAGAGAAGGUGAGUGAGCUGCACCAAGAAGUGAAGAACAACCUGGUGAACGAUGACGUAGAGAGAGUGAAGAACUGGCAGAAGGAAGCCUAUCACAAGCAAAUUAUCGGAGGCUUCAAAGAGGCCAAGGAGGCAGACGAAGGCUUCAAGAAGGCUCAGAAACCGUGGGCCAAAAAGCUCAAGGAGAUGGAGACAGCUAAGAAAGGGUACCACAUGGCCUGCAAGGAGGAGAAGCUGGCUGCAGCCAGAGAGGCCAACGGCAAGACUGAGGCUUCUGUCACGCCAGACCAGCAGAAGAAACUCCACGAGAAAGUGGACAAAUGCAAACAGGAUUCGCAGAAGGCUAAAGAAAAGUAUGAUAAGUCUCUGGAGGAGCUGAACAAGUGCACCCCGCAGUACAUGGAGAGCAUGGAGCAGGUGUUUGACCAGUGCCAGCAGCAUGAAGUCAAGAGGCUGACCUUCCUCAAGGAGGCCCUGCUGGACAUCAAACGCCAUCUUAACCUCACCGAGAACCAAAGCUAUGGCGCAAUAUACAGAGAGCUGGAGCGCACAAUCUUGGCUGCAAACACACAAGAGGACCUGAAGUGGUUCAGCAACAACCACGGCCCUGGGAUGCAUAUGAACUGGCCUGCAUUUGAGGAAUACAACCCAGACCAGGCCAGUGCUCCCCCAAAGAAGAAGAAACCAGACGGCGCCCCACCCACUCCGAGCACUGACCAUGUGGCUCCACCUGGUGAUCGUAGCAGUGUGAGCAGCUAUGAUAAAAACCAAGCUUACUCGACUGAGUGGUCCGAUGACGAGCAACCCGCUACGUACUCCGGCAAUGAAAACGGUGGAAACGGGAAUUCAUUCGAAGAUGAUUCCAGCACUGGGAAAGGCGCCGGGGCCGGGGCUGGGGCCGGGGGCGGGGGCGGGGUCCGUGUCCGUGCUCUCUAUGAUUAUGAUGGCCAGGAACAAGAUGAACUCUCCUUCAAAGCAGGUGAUGAACUGAUCAAGACUGAGGAUGAAGAUGAGCAAGGCUGGUGUAGAGGUCGUAUGGACAACGGCCGAGAGGGACUGUACCCGGCCAAUUAUGUCGAGCCAAUCUAGUCACGUUACUGGACAAGGACACGCCAUUGGAGGCAGCUUGAACUGUCCCGUCCAAUUGCACCGCACAUAGCCAGAGACUUAAGAGCAACACAUCCCUUGCCCAACAGAUGCGCCAAGCAGUCUUGCCUAAAUAAAAACUUAGUAACCUAAAAGACAAUAUAUCAGUAUAAUAUAUUUUAUCCAGCAUUUGGGGUGGGUGGACUUACACAUUUAAAAACAGGAGCAGCAGUUAUUCCAGUAUAUACACACUCAACUAUAACAUCAAAACAGUGCAGGAACACAUUGCUUCUCUGUGUAGCUGUAUUUAACGUAUAAUGCAGCUUAUUUAAACUUGCAGUGUACUGCAGUCUGUUCUCUUGUGAAAAUGGGAAGAUAAUAUAAUCAGUUAUACCCAUUCGACAAAGACGAGCUUCUUUAACCUGCAUUGUGUAUAUACAGUGUGAUGCCAUUUUUGUGUAGCAUUUCUAAUGCUGUGUGUGGUCAGUCGUCAUUCUUACAUCGGGAAUGCUGUGUAGUGUUUAAAGUACCACAGACAGUAUCCUCUUUUUUUUUUCUCUCCUCUUUUUUUUUCUUUGUGAUUUGGUCCAAACUCUUUCCAGUGUGUGCAGUGCUAUGUGUUUUAACUGUUUCUGAUCUUGCAUAGCAGCAUGUGCUAUGCAACAACUUGCAUUCCCUGAAUCCUGCAGCCUUAUUUAGGCUGCAACUUGAUGCAACACUUCAACUACAAAUGCAGAGUUCACUUUCUAGCAUCACAUGCUUCUGUUUUCAUGAAAUGAAGCUUGUUCAUGAACUGAUUUUAUGUUUGUUUGUUAUUAACAUUUUUUGUUCUUAGCAUCACAAGUCCUUUGACAAUAUCAUCUCCAUGCAAUCCAUGGAAAGGAUAUACAGUUUCUGCAGAAGCUUUCAUUCUUGGUUCAGUAAUUCAGGUCUCAUUUUAAUCCACUACUGCUAACAAGAAACACGAGUGAUACAUUCCCUCAGAGCGAAGUCGGAUCAAGUCAUCUUCUUGAGGUUACCACUGCAGUAUAAGAGGUGGGUUUUGAACAAUGCCUGUGUCGGGCACUUUUCUUCCAGAGCGAGGGGCCAACUGAGGCAUGUCAAUGCAUUACUGUGCUACAGACUGUUGUCUGAAGAUCGAAGCUUCUCCAACAGGACAUGAAUGUACUAGUGUUUGGGCUAGAAAGAGGGCAUGUUGUCUAAACAUGGUUCUCCACUGUCAUUUAAAGCCCUACCUAGCAAAAAGCACUAGUUAUGUGGCCCGUUUUCCUGCUGAGCCAAAGAAUGACCCAAUACCAUCAACUAUAUGUUUUCUCUCCAUGCAAUAACUUCACAUAUCACAUGUGAAACAGCUUCAGUGAAGAUCAGCUUGUAGCUGCCUCCCAGUCCACCCAAACCUCAUUUGUCUGCAAAACACUCACAAUGACACAGGGAAUACAUUUGUCACCAGUACUGCACUGCACGUAAGAUGGCUCUUACACAGUGCAUUACAUGGUUAUUUUUAAAUCUUUAACUUGCUCCAUAGAAAAUUAAAUUUAUAGCAGGAAUUAUCAGAUGCUGAUUAGUGAGUUAUCUUGCUACAAGUUGCACCUAAAUCUCUGAUUAGAUGGGAGAGAUACUUUUUAUAACUUAGUUGUCCUGAAGUUUUUAAAUUUCACCCGAUCAACAGCAGUCAGAUGUGUUUAGCUCUGUGUCUGGAACAGGAUUUGACAGGUUUGGGUCUCACACAUGAGGAGAAACACAUCACCAGCUCACAAGUUGUGUCUUAGAGUAAGCUGUCCAGCAUAGCAAAAAGGACUCCUAUCAUCAAACUGUCCCACAUUCUUGAUGAGCAUAUGCACACACAACCUCACACAUACAAACACACAUGCAUUUAACACACGAUAUACACGAUACACGCAAGUUCAAACACAUAAUCCACAUUACCAGGUUAAUAUUUUGGGGGAAAACAUCUUCAUCAUCCAGUGUGUAUGAGUUGUGUAAAUGUAACAGAAAAAAAAGUUUAAAAAAAAAUGCAAGUGAUUGACUAUUAAGACAAAAUGUAGUGUUAUACAUGUAAAUGUGUUUCAUUAAAAUAACAGCAAUGGAAAACAUAUUAAGUAAUAGGUACCAUAUCGUAUGAAUUUCAUUGCAAUGGAAAUGUCAGUGUAUCAUAAAAGCGUGAUGUUAUCCCACGCUGUCAGAUUUGUAUAUGAUGAUGUAAUUUAAAGAUUAUAUUCUAUUGUAACUGUACAACUGUGUUGAGUUGAAAAUGAGACCUAACCACGUUGAGGCAGUAAAAAGGUGUACAUGUAAAUGCUUUUUUAUGUUGAUGAUCUCUUCCUUAUGCACACAGGGGACAGCAGCUCACGUUGUGGAAACCCUAUAUUAGCGGUCUAGAAGAUGUAUGUUCAUAGUUAGUGAUGUACUUUUAUCUCCUAACUGGUGUAGUGCCUGUUCAUCUUGAUGUAACAAGAAGUUCAUUUAAAUAUGCAUAAAGAUGAUUAUGAUCACAGAUAAUAAUGACGAUAGUGAUGAAAAACCCGACUCAAAUUUGUUGUGAUGGUGUCAAUAUUGCGAUAUUGGUUUGAAAGGGAAACAAGUUUGUUGAAAAAAGAAAA